AUGGGCUCCGGCGCAUCCAAGUCCGCCGCGCAGAGCACUAUUCGCAAAUUCCCAAACAGAGCUCCUGGGUCAGCAGUGCCACCACCCUCGACGGGAUCCUCCGCCUCCAGAGCGGCUGCGGCGUCAAGACCACCGCCGAGCCGAAAGGCCCAGGCCCCAAAGGCGUCGCUGGCAAAGGAUGAAGCGAUCCUCCGAGACGGCUCCGACCCGCACAUGUCGAUGUCGCCACCCCCAGACAGCAGCCUGCAGCCGGGCCUCGCCGAGCGGCUGCGCCAGAUAGGCGUCCCCGCCCAUGAGCAGCCCUCCGGCGGGGGCCCGGUCUUCCCGUCGCCGUCCAACAACGCCGUCCUGUCCGCGCUCGAGGCCCGCGAGAGGCUGGCCCGCGAGGCCGAAGAGGAGUUCGAUGGCCUCGGGGUGUCAGGCGGCCAGGGCCGGAGGUUCCUCACGUCGGGCAUGAUCCAGGACGUGCUCGUCAUGCGGGAGCGGGGCGCGGCCGACGGGGAAAUCGAACACCGCUUCAACCUGAGGAGGGGUGUGGUGAGGAAGCUGGGCCCUAGGAGUCUGUUCCAGCCUGUUGGGGGGCCCGCGCCCUGA